UCGCAACCAACAGACAUUAGCCACGCCAUGGAUGACAAGGCCAAGAAAGCCCUCAUUGAAGAGGCCAAGCAUGCCCAGGAGGUCGCUCAAGAUGUCGCCCUAUCAGGCGCAUAUAUCUAUCCUUUUAAGGGCAUAAUUUAUUUUGCCUACCACAAGGAUCUCUGGCGUCCGCUCCUCUCGCAAGUCGGGCGAAUCAGUACCCUCGGUCUUAGCGUGACAGGCACUAUGUUCUUUUUCACCUAUGUGCCACAAGUAGCGAUCAUGUCAUUCACCAGCGGCCCCUUUGCGCCCAUUUCCGCCGCUUUGCUUAUCCUGAGUGAAAGUUCUACGAUUACGAACUUCCUCUCCCGUUCUUUCCUCCUGGAAGAGGCACUGACGGAUACCUUCGACGGCACGCUCGUUGCCCGCGGUCACGAAUCGCUUGUCGCAGAGGGUCGACAGAUCAAGCCCAAGGCGGGCAGAGAUGCCAUUGCCCGACUGGGCAAAAUGGUGAAGCGGCCCCUGGCUCAGUUGAAGCCACAGGCGUUGCUGCAUACGCUGAUCCUCCUGCCGCUGAACUUUAUCCCGGUGGUGGGAACUGCGUUGUACGCCUAUGCGCAGGGGAAGAAGCUAGGGCCGGUGGCACAUACGAGGUAUUUCCAGCUGAAGGGGUGGGGCGAGAAACAGAAAGAUGCAUGGGUGGAGAAGAAUAGAGGGGCAUAUACGGGGCUCGGAAUCGCCUCGUUUAUUUUGGAAAUGAUUCCUUUCGCUUCCAUCGCGUUUUCAUUCACGAAUACUGUUGGCGCGGCGCUGUGGGCGGCGGAUUUGGAGGCCGCACGCCGGUAAUUUCCUUGUAUAUAUCCUGGUUAAAACCAGCAUUCAAUAUCCCUCUGGGAGUGUACAGUAAAAGCAUCAGUUUUGGGACUAUUUUUGUAUUACAUCAGGACGCGUGGAUAUUUAUAUUUAACAGGGGCUUCAAUUGGGUUGAAUUCAAUUUAUCAUUUCUCUGGGGCUCCAUAUUGGUUGGAGAAGGGGCAAUUUUCAAUACAAAUGGGCAUGUCGGAGUAAUAGCAGCACAUUCAGUGCUCGUACUCCAGCUUAAUCGUGCUAUCUAGUGUGUGCUCCU